CCGCUCCCGCCGGGCCGCGGCAGCCGGGAUGAGACCCCGGGCGGGCGGCGGCGCUCCCGCGGGCACUGCCCGUAACAAAGAUGGCGGCAGGGCGCUUCAGCGGCCGAGCGCCGCUGAUGUCAGCGCCGGGACGCGGAGCCGCGGCGGGCGGGCACGGUCCCGGGCGCGGCUUUCCCGGGUGGCUGCCGUGCCACACCCAGUCCCGUCCCGGGACGAGGGGCCACGGGCGGCUUGUCUUGAGGUGCGUCCCCGCCGUGCCGGGCCUGAAGAGCACCGCACUUGCUCAGCCUCCGAGAGUCGCCAGGCGCUGCCCUUAGCAAAGAUGGCCGCGCCCCACCUCCCGCUCCAUCCCUAGCCCGGCCGGUCCCGCAGCCGCUGGAUGCUCAGCGGCGCGUCCCCGCCGUCCAAGACAGCACUCCCUCUCUCCCUCCCGCCGCGCCAGCUCCCGGCGCUGCCGCCGCCGGAUGGCCGAGGCUGCGGGCUCCCCGCGCAGCCCCGCCGCGGGCAGGUGCGGGGCGAGCGGCGCGGCGGCGGCCCGAGCCCGCUGGCGGCUGCUCGGACAGGUUCUGAGGAAAAAGCACUUGAAAGAUGUGCAUCUCCAACAAGUAUCUGUAAGAAGGUUUGCAUCGUUCAAUCUCUUUUCAAUAGAAGACCAGAAUACAGAAGAGGAAACUGGGACCUGGGUUCAGUAUAGAAGCAUCUUUUAUCCCGAGUACAGUGUCUCCUUAAGGUUUCACAAUGGCCUCUUAAAUGUUAAAGAUGUUCUUACAAGUUUUGACAACACGGGGAAUGUCUGUCUCUGGCCAUCUGAAGAAGUGCUGGCUUACUACUGCCUAAAGCAUAAUGAAAUAUUCAGGGACCUUGCUGUGUGUGAGCUAGGGGGUGGCAUGACAUGCUUGGCUGGGCUCAUGGUUGCUAUUUCUGCAGAUGUCAAAGAAGUUCUGUUAACUGAUGGAAAUGAAAAGGCCAUCAAAAAUGUAAAUGAGAUCAUCGCAAGAAACCAAAAUGCCGGAAUAUUUAAGGCUCAGAAAGUGUCAAGCUGCAUUUUACGAUGGGAUAAUGAGACAGAUGUCUCUCAACUGGAAGGACAUUUUGACAUUGUUAUGUGUGCUGACUGCCUGUUUCUGGACCGGUACAGAGCUAGCCUUGUUGAUGCAAUAAAGAGAUUACUCCAACCCAGUGGAAAAGCAAUGGUAUUUGCUCCACUCCGAGGGAAUACUUUAAACCAGUUUUGCAAUCUAGCUGAAAAAGCUGGUUUCUCUAUCCAAAGACAUGAAAAUUAUGAUGAACACAUUUCGAACUUCCACUCCAAGUUGAAAAAUGAAGAAAAAGAUACAUAUGAGGAAAACCUCCAUUACCCUUUUCUUCUCAUUUUAACCAAACAGAGAUAGAAGAUUACACCUUUUUUUUUUUAAGAUGGACUGCUGAAAAUUAAUCCAUGUAUGUGGAUGGUCAGGGAAUGUGGAAUGUUCAUGUUCCCCCAUUUAUGUCCCUAAAUCAUCAUUGGAGAACUAUUUCUAAUCUAAAUGCUGAGGAAGAUAUUGUGGCUUGUUUUGCAGAGUGUAAACAUUGGGAAAUCUUCUUUUUGUAUCAUUUUAGAAGUUAUUUUUCCAAUUAUAUUCCAGCCUUAAACUGAUCAGACUUCACAUGUAUGCAUUAACAAAGGUGUAAAGCUGACUUCCUUCUCUCUUGUGCCUUUAAGCUUGCAUGUACUUUGUUGAUCUCUUUAAAUGAUAUUUUGAGAUGCAUUUGAAAAUAUAUGGAUAAUAUACUUUGUGGGCUUAGAUAACUGGUUAUAAAGAAGUGACUGUAUUAACACUUAAUUAGUAAGGAAAUAGUUGUCUGAAGAUCUUCUAAAAGUGCACCUACUGAAUGCUUGUAUUCUUCUGCCUUUUUUUUUUUUAAAUUCCGCUGUUGAUUUUUCUAUCUAUGAUUGAAAUGUCCUCAUUUGCUUUAGUGUUGAAGGCUCCUUUUCUAUAUGUGUGUAUGUAUGUUUUUUUUCCAGCAGGACUUUUCCUUCUGUAGAUGUAUAAGAAAUUAUGCAUCAGACAAAAGCCUCAUAAACUGACCAUUUGUCCUUUGGACACAAUAGCCUGCCCAGCCCCUCUGCUCCUCCUCUCCAAUUAUGUGUGAUUAGUCUCAGUGUGUUGUGUCAAGAAGGGGGAGUGUGCUGAGUGCUUAUUAUCUGUUUAGGUACAAGAAGAGCACAUUUAGGUUCUGACUAUGAAUGGAAAGUGAGUCUUUAUCAGGACUAAAAUCUAAAUGCUACUAUCCUAGAAAUUGCUUUCAAAAAAACACAUGCUUUUUUUAUAAAUUCCAAGAAACACUGUAAGAACUAAAGGAUUUUAUGAUGUAAUCAAACUAUGUCCCUUGCAUUAGUUUAUAUUGUGAUAUAUUGUGGCCCAUAUAUUUGAUAUGCACUUAAUGUGAUUUUUCUUGUACUGGAAAAGACAAAAAUCCUACAAAGAAACAGCAGCAGUAUCUGAUUUCUUAACAGUUUAACAGACUGUUUCAAUGACUUCUCAGUAGUAGUCUUUAAACCACAACACUUUUAAAAUGUUGAAAAAAGAGAGAGAGGCAGAGACCAUGACUGAGAGAGGAAGGUACUAGCUGCAAGCAAGUGUAGAGAAUCCUGCUGAAAUACAUUAAUUAAAAGAACUGCAAUUUGACCGUUAGCGUUCUUCCAUAUUCAACAAAUUGGCCAGCAUGUAAACCACAAGCUUCUGAAAGUCCCUUGCUCUUCCUGCUUCUCCCAAAUAAAUUUCUUCACUACCAGUUUGCACAUCCUUGUAUUCAGUACUUUUUAUGCUCCAUUAGAGCACCUAGAUGGAUCUCAGAAGGCAUAGGUCAAGUCGCAGUUAGAUCAUACAUUUCUUUCGCACAAAAACUUGAAUUGCAAUGCCAAGUGAUGGGCUAACAUCACAAUAACAGCAAUUUAUUCCUCUUUUGAUAAAAAGCAGCCUAUUCUCGGUGUUAGAUAAAGACCAGGGGCAAUGCAAACCAACCAUUUAUCCUAGAACUGAGUAGUAUAGCUGGUAUGAGUUUCAUAUUCAAACUCCUGUUGGAAAAUACUUAUGUAGUAAGAAAUCAAAAGCAUUUAGGAAUAAUUUGAAAUUGCUGUGAAAAUGGCUUUAGUGUAAUUAGUUUUGUUUUGUUUGUCCCACACAGCAGUGCCUUUGUUUCUCUAAAAGCAUGUACAAGGAAAUCUUCAUAAUCAGCAAAGCAGUGUGGAAAAUAGUGCAAUAUUAAAAUUUGCGAACCUUUUAUUUUUGAGAGGACCUGAAUGUCUGCUGUACAAUAAUCUAAUAAAGAUCGUUAGUUGCAAAAAAUAGAA